ACAGUUUCUUUACUCAUGCUUACCACACAACAAGUGCUGACAACCAGCGAACACACACACGCACACACACACCACCACGGCCAAAGUGCAUGUGAGCUCAGACAAAACCUUGUGCUGCAUUUCUUCUCUCUUUUCGUGUUCACAGGAGCUCGGGAGACUCGAGAGGAGAUUUCAGUUGGACAGAAGGGCCUCCUCCUGCGAGGGAACGCUACCGCCAUGGCGGAGGGAACCGAAUUUGACCUGGACUACAUUACGGAGCGUAUCAUUGGCAUCACCUUCCACCAGUCCUGCACAGAGCAGACGUACCAGCGCAAUCUCCGCAGCAUCACACGGAUGCUACAGUCCAAGCACGCAGAUCGAUACACGGUCAUUAACUUAUCCGAACGCAGUGAUGAUCUCAGCAGGAUGAAUCACAGGGUGCUGGAUCUGGGAUGGCCAGAACGACACGCUCCAUCGCUCCAUCUGCUGUGUUCAGUUUGUAAAAACAUGGACAACUGGCUCAGGGCACACACUGAAAACGUGUUGCUGCUACACUGCAAAGGCAGCAAAGACAGAGUGGGUGUGGUAAUAUCCUCUUACAUACAGCUAUCUAAUGUUUCCGCCAGUGAGAAGCAUGCGCUGGAUCUGUACUCUAUGAAGAAGUUCUGCAGUGACAAAAUGGUUAACCUUAUGACUCCGUCUCAGAAAAGGUAUGUGCAGGUGUUUGGCAGACUCCUGACCCAUCAGAUGCGCAUAAACUCUUCCCCGCUUUUCAUCUACAGCGUUAAUAUCCAUCCCAUUCCUGACUUCCACCCCACAGCCUGUCAGCUGUUUAUCAGAGUGUAUCAAGACACACAGACAGUUUACACAUCAGGAGUGCAUCAGGUUGCCAUGGGUCAGUCAGGCAGAGUGUGUUUUUCUCUGGAGCCCCCACAGAUGCUCAAAGGGGAUUUCAUGAUUGCGUGUUAUCAUAAAGACGUUUCCGCGAGGACCCACGAGACAGUGUUUGGCGUGCAGUUUCACACCGGCGCUCUGCGCGGAGACCAACUUAACCUGCAGAAGGAAGACCUUGAUCAUGCAAACAAAGACCCGAGAUUCCCAGAGGACGGUGUGGUAGAGCUGCUCUUUUCAGAAACGGCCGACAGAGACCCAUCCCUUGCUUCAGAUUGUGGCCGCUGGAGGAACAGUUCAGCGGCUGUGAUUGAAAAUAAUGCUCUGGAUUCACUGCAGACUCAGUGGGACUUCACUGAAAAUCUUACAGCAGAAGCCAAGCAAAAAGAAGGGACCCGUUCUCUGAGCAGUGACUCUGGACUCUCCAGCUCCUCCCAGUGGACUGGAGGACAAACCUCUAGGCUCCCAAUCAGCUACGGCUCUGAGGAGCAGCCCCAGCUCCCCAGAGGGAUCCCGGGGCUCAGAAUGGAGGAGGAACGAGCUUCUCCAGGCAUCAUGAGAUGUGACCCUAAAUCCAAUCAAGCUACAUUCGAUCAUUCCAGUCAUUUAAAUGGUGUAACAGUAUUCACAGAAAGAGAGACGGAUAUUAUAGACGACGACGAUGACGUCAUCGCUCCGAAUGCUGCUUUUUCAGACUCUAAAGACACACUAUCUUCAAAGGAAAUGCCUGGCUUGUCUUCAGGUGAAUGUCAGAACUCUGUCCAGUCAGAUGAUUGUCAAAGUGAAGCUCCUCCUGCCAUAUUUAGAGAUGUGAAUUCCUCAAACACACUCUCACACACUUCAGUACCUUCUGGAUAUCAGACACAUAUAUGGGUAAAACAGCAACAGUCCACGUCUUACAUGCACGCUCCAUCAGACCGACUGGAACGCAGAGACGAGAUGGAGCUCCAGAAAGGUGGAAGCAAACCGUCAUUACCAGACAAUGGCUUUCCGGAGACGCACUCAGAGCCAGACAAGGAUGAUGAGUUUGCAACGCUGGCUUUGGAUGUUGAUCAGUCAAUCGAACAGCUCAAUCAGCUGAUCUUGGACCUCGACCCUGACUUUGAACCAAUCCCCACACAGGCAAGGAGUCACAUGACCCGCUCGGCCUCUGUUCAGACCAAUGGAAAGAAACAUUCGGUUGGAAGGGCCAAAUCUCUCCAGUCAGGUUGGAGGCAGAAACAGCUCAGUGAUGUCUCUGAAUACUCUGUGCUGCGAAAGGCGGGUGGCGACCGAAUGCAGAACAACCAGAGAUUCUUCUUUGGAACACCACCGCAAGGUCUGUAUCACAGCGACUCUGUUGACAUUGGUGACCUUCCUACAGAGGCUGACGGUCCACUGUGGGCCGGUCUUAAUCAAGUUCCGCCCACACCAGCAUUUCCUGUGACACCCCCCACUCCAUAUGUGAAGAGUGGACAUGACUUCUUACCUUCUAGACCUGGUUCUCAAGCCAGUAGACACCUCAUGAGCUCUCCAAUAUGGCAAGAGUCACGAGGAUACGUGGACAGCAUGACGCACACAUCUAUGUCAUCCGACGGAGAGCUCUUCCACUCUGAUGUCACAGGAAGUCCCGCCUCCUGUCAGAGGAUGUUUGGAUCUAUGCACUCUAUGUCCACCCCCAGCCCGCUGGUCAAUACAGACAGCCCCACCCCAGCUCAUUCCUGGUUAGAGGGCGGCUCCAGCACCCCCUUGAGUCACUACACCCCUCAGCCCUCUCCACCCCUCACCCUCUCAGGCCCCAACUCCCACAGCUCCCCUCGCGGAGCCCCCCGUGGCCUGUCCUCUUCUCUGGACGUCGGGGGACUGGAGAGCAGCCUGCUGGAGGCGGUGGAGAGCCUCGAGGCUCUGGGUCUGGACGUGGCUCAGCCUCCCCUCCUGCCCCUGAAGAGACGAGGGACCGAGGGCUCAGAGAGCAUGUUCCCGCUCAGCAGGAGUGCGGUCAGCACGUCCUAUGCCAGUCACAACACCUCACCUACCAGAUCUACACCGAGUCCAGAUUUUAUGGCCAGUAAACCAGAAAACGUGAAGUUCGUUCAAGAUACGUCAAAGUUUUGGUACAAGCCAGACAUCUCACGAGAGCAAGCUAUCGCCGUUCUCAAGGAUAAAGAGCCGGGCUCCUUCAUCAUCCGAGACAGUCACUCAUUCAGAGGAGCUUACGGAUUGGCUAUGAAGGUGGCCACGCCCCCACCCUCCGUUCUACAGCAAAGCAGAAAAAAUGUUGAUAUAUUAGGAAAUCCAAGCACAGCUGGAGACAAUGUUGAGAUCUCCUCUGAAACCGUAGGAGCCACAAUGGGUGAUCUGUCCAAUGAGCUUGUGCGGCAUUUCCUGAUUGAGUGCACACCGAAAGGAGUGCGGUUAAAAGGCUGCCCCAACGAGCCUUAUUUUGGAAGUCUCACAGCUUUGGUGUGUCAGCAUUCAAUCACACCCUUGGCUUUACCGUGCAGACUCAUCAUCCCAAACAGAGAUCCUCUAGAGGAGUUAAACGAAUCUUCAUCGCAGACAUCUACAAACUCUGCAGCAGAGCUGCUCAAACAGGGAGCAGCGUGUAACGUGUGGUUCCUGGGCAGCGUGGAUCUGGAGUCUCUGACAGGAGUUCAGGGUGUCCAGAAGGCCACCUCUGUGGUUUUCAGCUUGGAUCCACCUCCCACAUCCACCGUCGUUCAUUUUAAAGUGUCUGCGCAGGGAAUCACCCUCACAGACAACCAGAGAAAAUUGUUCUUCAGGAGACACUAUGCUGUCAACACAGUGAUAUUCUGUGCCCUGGAUCCUCAGGACAGGAAAUGGGCACGGGACGGCUGCUCAGCCGCGAAGAUCUUUGGCUUCAUUGCGCGGAAAAGCGGGAGCAGCACAGAGAACGUGUGUCACCUGUUCGCCGAACACGACCCCGAGCAGCCCGCCAGCGCGAUCGUCAACUUUGUCUCUAAGGUGAUGAUCGGCUCACAGAAGACCAAGUAGAAAAAUGGUAAGCAGAGAUUCCUGCUGGACUGCGACAGGGACAGACUCUGCAUCCUUCCUUUGAAACGUUGAACCGCUUUUACUUCCCGAACACGUGGAGACAGGGAAACGUCAGUAUUGAAACGGAUGAAACUUUAUUUCAUGUUGGAUUCUCCCCAUUUGUGGACAGGAUACACAGGGAUGCUUCUGAACUUAAUGGGGACCAGGAACAAAUCGUAUAGGCGGGCCUUUUUUGUGCACAAGCCCCGGGACAACUUUCCGGAUGAAGGCCCCCCCCCCCAAAAAAAUCCAUCCCACGGGAAGUCUUUGACAUCUAUGCAGCACUGUUGCAUCACGGGACAUGUCCAAAAGGGGGCGACACACUUCUUCGGCUCAAUCUCGCACUGCCACACACAGUCUGCUCAAAGCAAACUUAAAAGCCUAAGAGGAAAAACAACUUAGGGUUAUUUUAUUAUAUGUGCCUUUUUUGUUUUGUCUGCAGUAUUUCUGAGGUCCUCGGAUUAGUUUGGAUAUAAAAAUGAUUGAGGUUGUAAAUGUAGAUUCAUUCCCAUGUUUUGUCUGGGCACAUGCAUCCACAAGGUGCAGACCAAAGAGCAUUUUGCAUAUCAAUUGCUAAAAGUUUUUGGUUUCAUAUAUGUGUAUACAUUAACAAAUACUACUUUUAACAUUUUUAUAGCUCAAAAUAUUCAAUUGUUUUUUAUCUCUCCUUAUUUGUUUAUAGGUGCCGAGCUAACAUCUUUAGUCAAUGCUAAGUGGUUUCCGUAAAAAGCAUGUUGGCUUUGACUUUGUUUAUAUAUUUGGAAAUAUUUAUCGUAUAACUCAUAUUCUGUGUAUACUCAUCUCUUACUCAUUUAUGCUCCAUGAGAUUUAAGCCAUCUAAUUUUCAUAGAUCGCCUCAUUUGAGGUAAACAAAAUCACAUUACUCGUAUGAACUCAGUACUGACUUUUUUUUACUGAACAAGUGUGUAAAUGCUUGAUCAAAGAGGAUUUUGCAAUAAAUGUUUCUCUUGGAAUUCAUCUGAAUCGGACAAACAAAUGUGCCUGUGCCAUUACUUUUCUUACUUUAAGAAGCGAGGACCGUGUUUCUAUCACAAAAGCUAUUCUGUACUUUUUUCUCGUACUGUCUAACGCUUUGGUUUAUUUGUAAAUGAACGAUUUAUGGACUGUAUACAUGCACAGAAUACAAUAUUAAAGAAAUUGUAUGGUACUAAAA